GUAUUGUGAUGCGUAGCGCCUGAAUCGUCACCCACCUGGAUGCGUAGCUCCAUGGCGCGCCGCUUACGAUCUGUGCAUGUCGUGUGUAUGAUCUGCGCGGGCGCGUGGCAUUGGCUGUGGUCAACGAAGCUGUUUACUGCAGGCUCUUCUCUCCCUUCAUGCCCUACCCGAAUGGUGGCGCCCUGCUGGACUGCUGCGUCUCGCUCCUGCGUCUCCGCCCUGCCGUGGGACACUGUCGCAGGGGCAGAAGUUCUCAGCCCCGAGGUGCUGAGUGCUGCAGCUGCGUGCAUUGGUGACGAGGAGCUGGAACUGGUGGUGCCAGAGGAGGAGGAUAUGCAGAAGCUUACCGACUUGGUCGAUGAGAGCUUCCAACGCGCCAUCGCUGCGAGGAUGGCGGAGCCGUCCAAUGUCUUCAACGAGAUGUGGAAUGGCUGGGUGUCUCUGAGCGAGCGGCAGAUGACCUUGGGCGCCCUGCGGAAGCGCCUCAAGGGUCUCCUGGAGGCGCCGAGCUUGAGAAGGCCGCGAAACGAAGAUUGGAAUUUGGGUGUGAUCCUCAAGUCCAGCGAGGGCUUCAUGGGAUACUUUGAGAUUUGCCUUCAAACCCCUGAAGGCCUUAGGCGCGGAGCUCCGCAGCCAUACCUGAAGAACUUAUGUGUCUCCAAGGUGGUGACCGCGGGCGGUGGGGCGGAGGUCCGUGGAAGAGGCUUGGGCCGGAAGCUCUUGAAGUUGGUGGAGGAAUUCUGCAGGAGGAGCUGGGGGGGAGAGACGCUCUAUUUGCACACUGAUUUGGACCCCGCAGCCUUCGGCCUGUACAACAGCAGUGGCUACGUGGUGCGGAGACAAGAGCAGGACGGUGAGGGUAAAAGCAUUUACAUGUCAAAAUCAUUGGAAUAAAAAUA